AUGUCCCGUGACGAAGAAUUGACAACACGUGUGCAUUUGUGUCCAACGCCUUCCUGGAGGCCGCAGAUCAGUGCUGAUUUCAAAAUACUUCAGCACAGAGUCAAAAUAGACGGUAGUGUGUUGAACCCACCGCAACGACUCUGCUUUCACAUCUGGGACGGAAGAAAACAACCGCCCCUCCAGGUUGGCAUCUGCAUAAGCUGUCUUGUAGGAAAAUAA